AUUUUUAAUCUAUGCUUUUACCUGGCUCUUGCUGUGUACAAUUGUAGAUUGUAAAAAACCGUAUUUUCGAAUAAAUGUGAAAUAAAAACAAGACAAACUGUGGCAUCAAAAGUGUUAAAAGUGGUGGAGUACAAUGGACGUAGACGAUUCGGCGGUGGAUCUUAGCGUAAGCAGGUCUCUACCGCCUGAGUUGAGCGAACUCAGAGCAUUGACAGCCAGUGGUUUGACAAUAACACCCGCCCAGCCACCACCUCAUAUUGAUAGAGUGAGUAUAAAUGGUGCAAGUGGUAAGAGAGUACUACGUCCAAGAUCAGAGCAACGUAGUUAUGCAGAGAGCCCCGACAUUGUUCUUCUGCCGGCAGCACCGCCUCAUCGGAAACCUUCACUGCCUGCCCCGGCUCCAUUUACUGAUGUUAGCAGCAAGCUGAACACAGGCGCUGUGAAUGUUUCUAUAACAGCGAGCGCGCUGCCGCCCGAGUCUCCGCGCGACCCGCAGGACGAGGAGGAUUCCGAUGACGAGAACGAACCACCCUUACCGAUAACCGGCCACAGGGAGUUGUCCAGUGCGGAGAUAUGGGAACGUGAGCGCAGACUCCGCGCUCUGAGAGAGAAGCUCCGCGCCGAGGAGACGCGUCUCGUGCUGCUGAGGAAGCUGCGGCAGUCGCAGCAGGCCGCCACCAUUCCGCCGGCCAAGGCAACGGAAUCGGCGAGUGCGUGCGCAGCGGGCGCGGCGCUGGCCGGCAGCGGCUGCGUGGUGCCGCCCGGCGUCACCGUCACGCCCGCGCCGCCGCCCGCGCACCAGCACAGUAAGCGCGCGGCGGGCGCAGCGUGCGCGAGUGCGGGCGCGCUGGCCCCGGGCGCGGCGCGGCGCUCCGCCAACCUGCCCGGCGGCGCCACGCUCACGCCCGGCCCCUACCGCACACAGUCGUCGUCGGGCGGCGGCGCCAGCAUCACGCCGUCCGUCACCAUCACGCCCGCGCCGCCACCGGCCUCGCACUCCACUCCCAAGCCUGCUCAGGAUAACUCAUCGGUCACCAGUAGUACAAGUGAUGCAACGAGCUCCCGUAGCUCCGAGGAGACGCAGACGCCAGCGCAGCGACAGGCCGCCGCCAAACUCGCUCUGCGCAAGCAACUAGAGAAGACGCUGCUGCAGAUUCCACCACCUAAGCCUCCGCCGCCGGAGAUGAACUUCAUCCCUUCUCCCAGCAACACGGACUUCGUGUACCUGGUGGGGCUCGAGCACGUCGUGGACUAUCUCACUAACGAAGACCGUAUGCCGCGCUCGAGCGUGCCCGCCGUGUGCGCGCAGUGUGGCAGUGACUUCACGGCCGUGUGGCGCUGGGAGCGCGCCCCGCCCCGCCGCCAGGACGCAACCUUCGCCUGCUCGCUGGCGCCACACGCGCGCCGGCUGUGCGAGCUCUGCGUGUCCGGCAACGUGAAGCGCGCGCUCAAGGCCGAGCACACCGCGCGCCUCAAGACGGCCUUCGUGCGCGCGCUGCAGCAGGAGCAGGAGAUCGAGCGCCGCCUGGCCGCGCCGUCCCCGCCGCCGGCGCCCGCCGCGCCCGCGCCGCCGCCCGCGCACGCGCACGCGCACCACCACCGCGCGCCGCCGCCCGCGCGCCCGCGCCACUCCGCUCCCGCGCCCGCGCCCCCCGCGCCCAGCAAGCCGCCGCCGCCCACGCCCAGCGCCGCCCUGCGCGCGCACCACGCCGAGCGCGCGCGCGACGCCGACCCGCCCUCCAAGAAAGGUAAAGGAUCGUCUUCGAGCACUAGUAGCCAGGGAAGUAGCAGCAAGCAACAUCAGCAACUGGCUGCAGCAGCUGCGGCGCAAAUGGCAUUCGAACAGCAAAGCGCAGCGGCCAUGCAAGCAUUGCAGCAUCAACUGCUCAGAGGGCUGAGCGGCGCGGGCGGCGGCGGCGGCGUGUCCCCCGCGGCGGCGGCGGCGGCCAUGAUGCAGUUCUCGCCGCUGCUCUACACCUACCAGCUGGCCAUGGCGCAGGCUAGUGCGCUAGGUAAGCGCUCGGGUAAGGGUGGGAGCGGCAGCGCGGCUAUGGCGGCAGAGAUGCAACGUGUGGCGGAGGCCCAGCGACAGUACUUGCUGGAUAUGAUUCCCGGACAGCACGCCAGGAACCCCUGGCCUAAGAACUGAACUACAGGUUGGUUCAACGUUUUCUACGAAGGAUAAAAAUGUAUAGACGAUAAGAAGAGCAUUUUAAGAGCUGUUUUAAUGUUUACUUUACAGUAUGCUAGGUAAUAAUAAGUAACGGUUAUGAUGGGUCUUACUAGUCGACCAAGCUGAGUAGAGGCUGUCAAACGCGACGUCACUCACACAUUUUAUGAUAUAGAAAAGUUUUAUUCAGUGACUGAUUUAUUUUUAUAACCUCAAUUCUAGACAAAGUAUAUUUGACAAUGAUUGUGGUAGUGAUUGGGAUCUUUCGCCUUAAUUAUUCAAUAAUAUGCGUCAAUUGUUGAUAACGUGGUGAAUAUAAUACAUAUGUCAGUUCGAUAUAUUUGCUAAACGAAAUCGACAAUCGCUGUCUUUGCUAGGUGCACAGUUAUCGUUUGAAACACUGCUGUCUGCGUUCAUAUUAAGGGUUAAAAAGAAACCAUCAAACGCUAACAAUGAUAGCAUUUUUUUACUAAAACUAUCAAAUCCCUACAGGCGUAGUUUAAUAGUUUGACCUCCUGGCAGAAUUAUUUUAGCGAUUAAAACGAUUAAAGAAUGUUUAAAUUAACUAGCGCGAUGCCGGUGCGUACGUUACGAACAACUCGGAGCGCUCUCGGGCGUAAGUCAGCAAGCCUUGUGACGUAGAAUUGGUCGGCUAGUAUGUAGAGAUAACAUUUUACGAUCAGAUAAUUUUGGGUAUGGUUUAAAGAGAGCUAGAGCUAGAUAAUAUAAGUUUUUGACGUUAAUUAAAAAGCACAACAAAUACGUAAUUAUAGCAAAACUAAUUUUAAGAUAAUCGUAAUUAGUAGUGUGUAAAAGAUCAACUUCGUUUUAUAUCUGGAUUUUUAAGUACUUCAAUAAAUAUUGUACGCAUAAA